UCACUUAAUGACGAAACACUACGCACGACUGAAAAUAAUGAAAAUAAUUCAUGGCAAGAGUUGAAACAGUUACUAGCAGAUAAGCCAAAUAUUCUACGGGAAGAUUUGAAACGAUUACAAAAAAUUAAUCCAAAUAUUCUAUGGCAAGAUUUGAAACGAUUACUAGAAAAUCAAAACCAAGAAGCUGAACAAGAAAAUAAUUCAACACAUGCAGCCUGGAAUAAUUUUGAGUUGUUUUUUAAGGUUUGGACUUCUUUACUACAUGAAAUCACAAUCAAUUCCAACAGACAAGCAACCGAUGCUAAAGCAAAACAAGAAGCCGUACAAGAAAAGAAACAGGAAAAUAAUCAAGAUCAAGAAGCCGAACAAGAAAAGAAACAGGAAAAUAAUCCAACACAAGCAACCCGGAAAAAUUUUGAGUUGUUGCUUAAGUCUUUGACUUCUCAUCUACGUGAAAUUACAACCAAUUCCAACGGACAAGAAGAAAAGAAACAGGAAAAUAAUAAAAAUCAAGAAAAUAAUCAAACACAAGCAAUUUGGGAUGAUUUUGAGUUGUUUUUUAAGUUUUCGACUUUUUAUCUAGCAAAAAAAGAAACCGAACAAGAGUUGUUUGUUAAGGUUUGGAUCUCUUUUCUAAAUGAAAUUACAAGCAGACAAGCAACCGAUAUUGAAAACAAGAAAAGAAACUGGGAUGGUUCUGAGUUAUUUUUUAAGCUUUGGAUUUUUUUUCGAGAUGAAAUUAAAGCAAAACAAGCCGAACAGAAAAAGAAACAAGAAAAUAAUGAAGAUCAAGAAAAGAAACAGGAAAAUAAUGAAGAUCAAGAAAAGAAACAGGAAAAUAAUAAAGAUCAAGAAAAGAAACAGGAAAAUAAUCAAACACAAGCAACCUGGGAUAAUUUUGAGUUGUUUUUUAAGGUUUGGACUUCUUUUCUACAUGAAUUUAUCAAUCCCAACGGACAAGCAACCGAUGCUAAAGGACCCAAAGAUCUAAGCGAAUUCUCUAAAGAACAAUUUCAGAACGUAGUGUGUAAAACAAUACGAUUAUACUUAGAAAAAUAUGAUUUCUCUGAGAGGGUGAACCAUGCAACAAAUUUAUACUUCUAUGUAAACUCUGGAAGUAUCAUUGAUCAUAAUAAAUAUGCAGCAAAUAAAGCAGCAAAUGAAGCAGCAAAUGAAGAUUCAGAAGACAAUGCCAAAAUAAGUAUACUACGGCAGGUAUUCAAAGCAAUCGUCAGAUUCAAGUCUAUAAUCACAACAGCACCUACAGCAGCGAAUGAGAAUACAGACAAUGCCAUUACAGAGGUAAUCGAUAAAUCCACCUCCUACCUUUUCAAAAAUAACGCAGCGAACGAAGAAGCUGUAACACAGAGUGGAAAUACAGAACAAGAAGAAAAUACAGUAUUGAAUGAAGCUGCAAUAAAGCGAUUUUUAUCGCUUGUAUGUAGUAGUAUUUAA